CCAUAUUUAUUUUGGAACUACAUGAGGAAGGCGAAUAUUGGUGUCUCAUCAGUGGGGUUAUCAAUAGCAUCAAACAGUGUGCAGUUUAAAUCAUGCACGAACCAGCUUGAAUUUUCAGCUUUAUAGCCACUUUGUAAUCAUUUUUUUAUGUUAGCUUUUUAGCUUUCUAAACUUGGUUAUCCAAGUUCAAUCAUUGUAGUAAAAGGUCAGGCAUAGCCCCCCUUUUACAAGCUUAUUCUCAAGUGGCUAUAAAGUCUCUGACUUAGUUUGAAGGUUAAAAAAAAAAAAAAAAAAAAAAAAAAAAGAGCUCGGAGAUGGCACAGCAACAGGAGGAGGAUGGCACUGUGUACACAUUGGAAGAAGCACUCACAUCACUCGGAUUUGGCAAAUUCCAGUAUAUGGCGAUGUGUUAUGCUGGUCUUGGUUUUAUUGCAGAAGCAGCUGAGACUCAAAUUCUGUCUUUUAUAGGACCUGCUUUAAGGUCCCAAUGGGAACUUUCUCCUAGUCAAGAAAGCCUUAUGACUACUGUCGUUUUUGUUGGCAUGCUUAUCGGAGGUAUUUUUUGGGGCUUCAUCUCAGACACUUAUGGAAGAAGGAAGGGUCUUCUAAGUGUGGCAAUAGUUACUGCAUUAUCUGCAGCACUCAGUGCGUUUGCUCCUAAUUAUAGUUCGUUGCUAGCUCUGCGUACGAUGGUUGGUUUUGGAAUAGGUGGACGAGCUGUAUAUGGAUCUUGGUUUUUUGAAUUUGUACCUUCACAAAACAGGGGCGUGUGGACGAUUAUCAAUACAGGUUUUUGGACAAUUGGAACAAUACUUGAGUCCUUAUUAGCAUUGAUGCUUAUGCCAAGAAUAGGCUGGAGGUGGUUACUGGCUUUAUCAUCUAUACCAUCAUUUGCAGCACUUUUGUUAUUUGUAUUUACAGUAGAAUCUCCUAGAUAUUUGUGUGCCGUCGGUAGAACAAGAGACGCCUGUGAUAUUUUGAACAAAAUAGCUGUGGUCAAUAAGACGCAACUUCCCCCUGGAAAGCUUGUCUCCUCUCAACUUACUGAGGAAUUACUUUCUCCCGGAAAAAACAAAAUCUCAUCAGGCUUCUCAUCCUUACUCGUCCUUUUAUCCCCCACAUUACGUAGAAAUACCCUCCUCGUAUGGGCGGUUUUUACUGGAAAUUCCUUCUCAUAUUACGGCCUUAUAUUGCUGACCUCUCUGUUUAGCAGUGGACGAUGUCAACACUCGUCAAUUGCUUUGCAAACCAACGAUGAUCAGAGCCUUUAUAUAAAUGUGCUCAUCACUAGUCUUGCAGAGAUCCCUGGAGUUAUUUUAUCAGCUAUGCUGGUCGAGAAAGCUGGUCGGAAAUUGACUAUGGCACUUAUGUAUGCUUUAUACUUCCUAUUCCUUUUACCACUGCUUGCACCUCAACUGCCUGCUUUGACUACCGCCUUGCUAUUUGGUGCUCGUACUUUCAUCAUGGGAAGCUUCGUCAUUGCGGGUGUCUAUAGUCGAGAGAUUUAUCCAACCUCAGUGAGAUCAACUGGUUGUGGAGUUGCAAGUGCUGUGGGGAGAAUAGCAGGGAUGGUCUCUCCUAUAGUUGCAGUGCAAUUGGUUAGAGGUUGCCACCAGAUGGCUGCAAUUCUUUUAUUUGAAGGUGUUUUACUUUUAUCAGCAAUUAGUGUUCUGCUCUUUCCAGUUGAGACCAAAGGGCGUGAACUUGUUGAUCAUGUCUCUUCGUAGAAAGAAAGUUGUAUACCAAUUAGUAGCUAUGUCAUACUAUGUGCUCUCCACGUUGAAGAUAAGUGGAUUAAUCUAUAGAAGAUGCAGCUCUCUAAGUCAUGUUGUUGCUUGUUACUGCAUAAAUUUUAGAAUUAAGUGUAAAGGUAAUUUCAACAUUAACGAGCCAAAUUUCGUUAAUAAUGUAUUAUGAUUGUCAAUAUAUAUAUAAGCUAAAUCCGUUAUUUA